UUUCUUGUGUUUUCCUUGCUCUAAACACAACUUUAAGUUGCACUUCUGGGAUAUGAGUUGAACUGACCUGACGACCAUCACAGCUGACAGCUGUAUGCAGUAGAAAACUAUGACAGUGGGUCCUCCCAAUUUUAGACAAUAGCUCCAACGGUGCAGGAAAUUGUUGACUUGAAUGUGUUCCCUUCAAAAAAGGGCAGACUUUGGCAGACGAAAGAGGAAUUGUGGUUAUCUUCAAGUGGAUGACCAGGAAAAAACUGUUACAUUUGGAGUUUUUCUUCCAUACUGCUCCUCCAUCUAAACCAAAGCAAACAGCCUCAGCCAGAAAUAGACUUUGACCAGGCUCCGUGUCACAGCAACAAAGCUCUAGUUUGUUUCCCUUGAACAGUUCUGACAAAACGUUUGUACUAAUUCAAGCCUGUCAUUUUUCCUAGGAUUAUAUUUUGUUUUCUGCUUUACUAUUUUUUAUGGCUUGUUUUUCAGACUUAGUAAAAAACUACCUCAAUGUGUCAAGAAAUUCCUAAACAAUUUGCAGUUUACAAAAAAAAAAGAACUCAGGAAGAGGAUGCUUGUGUUUGACCUGAGGAUGUUAAAUCAGGAAAGAGCAGACGAUAAGCUAUCUGGAAAAAAAAAUCUUUAUCGUCACAGGACAUUGCUGCAUGUGUUGCUGCACGUUUGACCAGGGUGGCCAAAUGAACUGUUUAGCCUGAAGACCAAAGAUCAUAGGUUCUGAUUCAACAGCAAGGGAGAGAGUGAAAGGACCGAGAUCACUGCAACCUCGCUUUGCAUUAUGAGUUGCAACUGAAGAAUUUCUUUAGGUUUCCAUUUUGUGGUUUGAAAAACUGAAGACAGAAUAAAAUGGACGUUAAGAAAAAAGAAAUGGAUCUCCUUAGCAACAGCAUUGCAGCUUUUGCACACAUCAAAGCCAAUCCGGAGAGCUUUGGGCUUUACUUUGUCCUCGGAGUGUGUUUCGGCCUGGUGUUGACCCUCUGCCUUUUGGUGAUCCGUAUAUCCUGUAAGCCACGGACCAAGAUCGCCCCACCCACGCCUGAAAAGAAUCCCUUAAAAGACGUCAGCGUGGAAGAUGAGGAAAGUGAUGAUGAUGAGGAUGAGGAAGGGGAAGAAGGAGAGGCUUCUGUUCCAUUGCCCAUCACAGAAAUCCCUGUUGGGAAUCAUACCAGCCAGUCAGAUGGCACUCUGAGUGUGAACGUUUUUACUUCAGCUGAGGAGCUGGAGCGCGCACAGAGGCUGGAGGAGAGAGAACGGAUCAUCCGAGAGAUCUGGAGGAAUGGCCAGCCUGAUAUCCUGGGGACGGGAACAGGGACUAUUGGAAGAGUGCACUACUACUAAUGAACAGAAAGCUUCCAGGAAACCUGAGUUUAUAAUGGAGUAGACAUAAAAACCUUUGGGCCUGGUGUCCUUUCAGCCUGAGAGCUUCUUUUUGAUCCAAAGUGACUUAUGGAACAUAAAAAUAUCAGUGCCAAAUUUGAGAUAUUUUGCUUUGACAAAACUGAACUUUGAGAUAUUGCACUUCUUAUGUAGCAUUAUGCAUUACUGUCAACUGACUAUACAUAUUUCAACUAAAAGGUGUCUUAAUGUGCUCUGUGGAAAUCAAGUGGAAUGAAUGGAGGAACGGAAGGAUUUGUGGAGAUAUCAAGCUGUAAAUUUACUAGAGGGAAUAUAGAUAUUGAACGUGUGAAUGUUUUCUCUCAGUUCAUAUAUUCCUAAAGAGCCCAUUGAUAUAAAAUUCACACCAGAUGUCAGGGACACAAGUGAUCCCAACAUAAAAUGAAAUUCAAAGUAAUUAGUCCAUAAAUUCCUCUUUUAUAUACUCUGAUACUCUGUUUUUCAAUAGAUUUUGAAUGGAUUUUAUUUAGGUUCAAGUCUGGUGAUUUAAGUUUUUCAAGUGGUGUGAAGUUCCACUUGUCCAAACAUGUUUGGACAAUCAAAGUGUUGUGUUUUGGUCUCAUGUGGACAGAUUCUUUUCUCCCAAGGUUUUAUUGUGUUUCACAGAUGAUCCACAGCAAAUUUUAAAUGAGUUUCAGCAUUUUUAUUUCAAUAAUGGAGCCUAGCGCAUUUAGUCUGCAUGAGAGUCAUGACUGUUGGGUCUGUUACUUGUAGGUUUCAUAUGAAAUUUGUACUUGUUAAUUGCUGGUGUUUCUGAAGUUCUCUGUUAGUGGUCUAACUCUCUUGAGUAUUUCAGGGACACUUCAGGCAUUAACCUUCCAAGGACCACUUGGUCAUGUAUGGCUUAUACUGAAAUUAUAUUCCUUCCACUUUGGGAUUAUGGUCCAAAAAGUCCACUAUGGAACAUUAAAAAGUUUAUAAAUAUAUCUGCAACCAAUAGCAUCAGUUUGUUUUGCAACAGUUGGGUUACAAAAGUCUUGUAACUUUUGUAACCCAACUCUUUGCCCUCAUCCAUCAUGGCAUCCUUGGUAAUGAGAAACCUUUCUUUAAUCAAAUCUUUAGUUUUUCUGUAUGAUGCCUGCCUGUAGCUCUGUGCAGCUUCUUUUAAUUCCCCAUUUUAUUCCAUUUUAUUACACAUAAUUUAAUUUGCAGGCUUAUUUGUUUGGCUUUUCUUUUGUAUAUGAAUUACUUGGGUGGGAAAUGACAUCUGGUGUCAAUUCAAUGGCAUGCUAAUAGGACCUUAAAAAACACUUACUGAGAAAAUUGUUAACAUGAUCAAUACUUAUUUUCCCACUGUAUUUGGUGCUUACUGUUAAAACAGCAGGUUUGCAUAUAUUAAGCAAAACAAUGCAACAAUAAAAAAUGCAAAGUUUUUCUCUUCUAAGUUGUUUUUGAUAUAUUUAAAUCAUAUUUAGUAAUUGAGAGGCAAUUUUAAACAAAAACCGUGAAAACUUGUGACUUUGACCCACAAGUACAGCUAAAUAAAAACAGCAAGACACAUAAAUUCAAUCUGCCUUGUAUCAAGGUUUCAGUCUGUUGGUGCAACUUUGGGCCCCAACUGAGCACUAUUUUCAUACCACAGCUUACGCGAUUAUUGUGCCGACCAUUUCCAUACCUAUAUGACCACAUCAACUUAUCCUCUGAUGAUUACCUCCAGUAGGGUGAUGCACCAAGUCAGAGAUCUCAACUGGUUUCACGUGACAAGAAGUUUGCUGUUUCACCACAUCGUAAACCAACGGGGCACCUUUUAGAUGUGGCAGAAGAUUUGCACCAGCCUACAAAUUUGCAGUAACUUAACAAUACUAUCAUGCUAAUUGUACAAAUUUCUGAUGACUGUUUAUAACACCUUGUUGAAUCUAUGCCACAAAAUAAAUGCUGACGGGUUUCAACCUGGGACUGAUGAGGUGUUGUCCCCCAAAGUGCUUCAUGUGUGUAGAUAGUUGUAAAGACUUUAUUCCACCUUGCAGGAUCAAUUCAGAUCUUUGAAGUUGGGUUUUAUUGAAGAAUCAUGACCACUCAAUAUCUUACCAUGCAAAACUAGAGCCAUGUCAAGACAAAAGCAAACCCUUCCAACGUCAAAUUUGCAUAAGAUGGCUAUUUACAUAAAAGUCUAUAACUAGUCAUAAGAAGAAACAUAAUUAAUUGACAUUUAAAACAUAAUUCACCAGUAUACAAUACUUCUUAAAAAAUAAAACUUGUAAAGCACAGACUUUCAGAGUAACUGAUGAAAAGCUAAAACACUGUAAAAAUCAGAAAAUUAGCAAUCCAUAAAACAUAAAACACAAGAAAUCAAAGACAGCAAUCCUUCCAACAUAAAGUUCAAAUUUAAAGGUCUUUUUGUGAAACACAGGUUUAAAAGCAUUCUUUCUUAGGUCGCUGUUGGUUUUGUGAGAUACAUGAAUGUCAUUUGAGCAACACAAAGCAGAAAGCCUUUCAUUCUCCUGUUACUGUGUGGAAUUGAGCCACAGGUAUUGGCUGUUUCAUUAAAACACCUUAUGUGAUUAACGUCUGAGAUUUUCUUAAAUGCUUGUAAGCUGUUAGAAGUGUUUGAUAGAGGUUGGUCCAGAUGUAGACCUAGAUAAAAUGUAGAUAAGAAUAGCAAGUUAUUAAUGACUUCUGGGAGACAGUACUUUUAUGUUUAAUUUGUAUUAUUUUGUCAUUGUCUUUGAAUCAUAUUAUAUAAAAACCUUGUUUCACAGUUUUUUUUGUUUUUUUUUUUACAGAGAUUGAAUGGGUCAUUUAGGUAUAUUAUUGUGUAUAUGCCUGCUUCCAAGGCAUGAAACAGCAUGACUUCAGUGGCACAAGAAUAUUCUGGUUUAGUGUUAAACAGUCCAAAGUUGUUUUAAAAAUAGAGAAAGAAAAAGAGAGAAAGAUAUUUUUGGGCAUGGUUGCUUUCCAACAAUCAGAUUUAAGCAGAGUGCUGAUCAGGUUGGUUUAUUUUGGGUUUAUGGGGGUUUCUUAUAAUGUUUGACUGCUCCCUCUGCUGUCUGUUUAGCUCAGCAUGUCUUUGUCUUCUCUUCUGUUGUCGGUGCCAAUAAACAAUUUGAACUCUCAUGCUAAA